AUGGAAGACAGAAUCGAUCACUUAAUUCACAACUUAGAGUCUGAUCCACACUGCCACGAUCAUGUAGCGCACGAUUUAGUAACGACGCUCCGGUCAGAACUUGCUGCUUCAACGUACAAGCGAGAUCGAUUGAUGGCAGAGUUGCAAGAUGCGAAACACGGGAUUAGAUCACGUGAUGCCGAAAAUGAGUCGCUUAAGUCGCAGCUGGCACGACAAAGUGCCUUGAUUAAUUCACUGCAAGAACGCUUGAAGGCAAGUGAGGCACGGGAGAAGCAACUUCAGGCGAAUAGUGAGACAAAUCACCAUACAUUCCAUCGCGAGAAGAAGUUGAUGGAGGAGCAAGCGAAAGAUUUGACUGCGAAAAUUCGACAUUUGGAACAUGAUUUGCAAGUGCAGAAAAAUACAACGGAUGAUGUGAAGAAACACUUUGACGGAUUUGUUCGUAAAUUAGGACACGCCCUUGGCUUAGAAGCAGUGGAUACAAAACAUCCAACUCCAGAAUGUGUCAUUGCAAAGGCGAACGAUCUGAUGGGAGAAUUGCAUCGAUUGCGACAUAAAUUAGCAGCAACGUCAGAAAAUCUUAAUGGAUGCGAAACGGAAUAUCACACGUACAAAUCUCACAGUUCUGCUGAACGUGCAAAACUUAUUUCUCAAAUUGAAACGUUACAAGCUCACAACGAAGGAAUAAACAACAGAUGUCGAUCAUUGGAAAAGGAAUUGCACAUUAUGAAGGACAGAUUGACAGAAAGUGAAGUCACGGGCGAUAAAUUGAAAGAGGAACUUCGUGGCUUAGAAUCACGUUGCCAUCGAAUCCAAAACAACAUGGACCGCAUUCAAAGUGAUCGCUUGCAAUUCUUGCGACAAGUGGCUUCAAUCAUCAACGUAGCUGAACCAUGCGAGACCUUAAUAAAGGAUAAAUUGCGAGAAUUGACGAACCAUAGUAAUGUUUUGCACACACAACUCUGUGCCGUUCGUGAUCAACUUGCAAGUGAAACUGCCAAGCAUAAAGAGUUCCAUGACUCGAUGACUCACAAACUAAAAGCAGAGGAAGCUCAUCGAGCCAGUGCUGAAGAUCAUUUAGCAAAAGCUCAACACGAAGUGAAUCAUCUUAAAGCAGAGCAUUUUACGCUUUCUGAGUACUUAAUGAGAAUGGCUCGUGCACUAGCUUGGAGUGAAUGCUCUUCACCUCCAUCUCCGGGUCACGAUACCACAAUUCUCGCUGAGACAUUAUUGGAGCGCGGUGAACGUUUGGCCACAUUCCAUGAGCAUCAUGGGCACGGCGAAUGUGGUCAAAAGGUACUUCAUACAUGGGAUCAUCAUAUUCAUUCAGCACCACAUUCGGCACAUCAUCUACCAAAAUUGCGGCGGGAACGUUCAUGUCAUGACAUUCCAUUAAAAGAAAGUGUCAGUUUGUAUGGAUUACAGAAACGUGUUAGGGUGUUGCGUGAACAAGUGCAGCGACGAGAUUUGCACUUAGAACUGCUUCGUAGGAAACUUGCACUCGUAGAGGAUGGGGCAAGAGGAAAAGCCAUACUUCAAACGGAACGUGACGAAGCCUUGCAUCGCGCAAGGAAGAACUCACGUCACGCCGAACGUACGUCGCAGCAAUUGAUCGAGGUCAAAGCGCAAUUAGCUGAGGUUAAAGCUCAGUUAGCUGAAGCUGCUGACUACAAAAUUACCGCGCUCGAACGGGCACGCAAAAUUGACGACCUCCAAACGCACAUUGGGCAUCUCGAAGCAGAGAAAACGAAAUUACAGUCCCAAAUGGCUCAUAUCAAGACAAGGGCUCGCAGUGUCUCUGAGUCGUCGGCUGAGAAACGAGUCAGAGAUGAGGCGAUCAUUGCCUCCCUCAAAGACGAAAUUGCUGCCUUGAAACACGAGAUUGAACAACUCAACCAUCGUAUUUCGCAUCUUCAAACAUUCCGUCAUUCCGUGGCUCGACUUUUGCAUUUGCGCGACUUGCCAGACUCCAAUAUCAUUCAUCGCCUUCAUUCACUCGUGAAUGCCCAUGAUGAAAUGGCAAAUAUCACAAAACGGUUCGAUCAUCCUGUGUCUCCAACCAGAGAUCGUGUUAGCGAUGAUUUGCCGCCAAUUCCCAGUCCAACUAUUCCUCGACGUUAUUCCGACCAUUUUCUCGACUUGCAUCAUUCGCAUCACACAGAUCAUCAUGUCCAUGACUUUGAUGACGAUUAUAAAUUCUAA